GUUGUUGCGAAUCACGCUACUAGGCUCAGAAAACUCGCAAACGACUGAAAAGCAACUCGUACACAUCCGUGGAGAGCACGAAAACACUGUUCGUCGGUCGAACAUCAAGACGAAAGGGGAAACACGGUGAUCCAAUACCACCAAAAUGUCCUCUAAGGGGAAGCAAGUUUCUGUCAUCAUCGCUGGCGCAACCGGAAGCCUUGGGCAAGAAAUUGUAUCUCGCCUCGUUUCCCACCCGGAUGUGUCGCGCGUGGUCGCCUUGGCUCGCUACCCCAUACCCGUAAAUCGCUGGACAUCCGUCUUUCCACACCUACACAUUGGCGAUGCCCGGCGCUACUUGUCUGUCGUGCCGGUAGACUGGGAGAAGAUUCUCGCGGAUGCUUCGCACAUUCCGCGCUCCUACGUCUCGGACGGCGUGUGGCGCUUCGACGACGCGGAGAUGGAAUGGAAAAAGUUGGAACGACACCGCAAGCGUGCGGCGCGCUCUACUCGCUCGCCAAAAGACGCAGAUAUGGCGUUUCACUACAACUCAUCGAGUCAACCGAGGAGCGGGCCCGAAUCGGGGGCGGCGAGCUCGAGCGCCUGGUUGUCGGGCCCGCCGCAGGGCUACAUCAAAAUGCCGGCAGGGUGGUCCGGUGGAGAUGGAAGUUUUUCCGACACGCAAAGUCACAGCGGUGCUGCACAUGGCCUCUUAGAGGAGCUCCGUCAACCGGAAAAGCGUGCAAUGAAUCUCUCGCCCACGAUGGAUCCGAAGCCGCCCCACACGGGGGCGAAGGGGCACGCCGGCCACACCGGUGACACCGCACGGCGACGGUGGAACCAAGAGUUCCUGCGUCAAUUUCUUCAAAAUAGCUUUUAUCGCUCCGUUUUUUCAGGCCACCAGGUGGCCAUCAACUGCAUCGGCACCUCCCACGUCUUGUCAUCUGCAGAGUUGACGCUUGUCGACUACGACCUUUCAAUGGCGUUCGCAAAAAUUGUACGCCUCUUCAAUUGCAUGGCGCAUGCCGAGCCCACCGAAGACGAAGAACGACUGCUAGUGGAGACAACCUCUCGCGAGCUGGAUAGCGUGCUGUGGAAUGAAAUAUACUCCGCCUGCUACGGCAAAUCAGCGUCGCGCGACGGCCGCGCAGCUCUCACGGAGGGAAAACCUAACCAAGAUCGGGAAAAACUGGAGAGCCCAUUCAGCCGCCUUCGUAGUGGCCACCGCGACCAGGAAAGGGAGGCCUUCAAGGUAGACGAUGAGGCGUACGCCAUCGCCGACGCGUCACAGAGGAACAAGAAGGCGCAGUGGAUGAAUCGCGGACAGAUGGCAACGCUGCGGCACUUUUCGCAAGUGAGCGUGCGCGGCGCGAACGAGCACAGCCCUCUUCCGUAUCUGCGUACCCAUGGCAAACGUGACCGCGAUCUGCUCACACUCUUUAAUCGCUGGAAGGACCCUAUGCGCUUUGCUUCCCAUGGUUUCCAGCUCGUUAAGCAGUCCUCCAAGACCAACGUACUGCAUGUCAGACCAGCACUGGCGACACCGCAACCAUCCUCCGUGAGCCACGCCUGGUGUAAGGUGCCUAACUUUCUGCGUCGAUAUUUCUUCGGUGGCGCACUGCACGCAACGGGCGAUGCUACAGGUUUGCAGAACGGCCAAGAUCACCAACACCACUACCACCAGCCCAGCCACGGCGCGCAAGGAGCGGAUUCCGGCGACGGCUUCAGCGCUCCCAACGCGGAAGAGAUAGCGCGGAAGCGGGCGCAAAUGCUGCUGCGGCGCGACGUCGUGAAGAUUUGGGAGCAGUCCAACCUCACGAUUUGGCGCCCCGGUGUCUUCCAUCGACCUGGACGGCGACGCAUGAUCGAACGCCUUCUCUCUCUGGUGGAGCGGCCGGUGGAUGUCCGAUGCUUGGCGGAGUGCGUAGUAGAUGACAUCGUGGACUCUUUCUACAGCGCGCCGCACGAACCUGAAAACCCUCAUGAGCCGCGGAUGGGGAAGACGAAAGUGAUCAACGGCAGCAGCGUGGCGCGACGCACGUAUAUGAAAGCGUUAGAGGACGGCUUAGACGAGAGAGACACGCAGCGCUCCCCGCAAAUGGCGAAGCAGUAA